CAGAUAGCAGCAUAGCGCCGGCUGAGGUUUCAUCUCAUAAAUAAAAAGAAAAAAACAAGUACUGAAGCAGAAUCAAAGGCAGAAGAAACAACGCACUCUGAUCUGUCUCCGACUCUGCUCUGCUCUCUAUCGCUCUUUCUGUACACCAACAAACCAAGCACUUCAAUCUCGGAGAAGCUAGAUUAUAAUAAAUACAUAGUACAUAUCUGUCGAGAGUCUCAAUUUCUUGUUUGCUUCAGUAGCAAAAAAAAGCAUAAACAAUUGCAGAAACAGGAAGCCGACAUGGGUAUUCUGUAUGAAGAUGUAGUGAUCGUCAGCCCACCGAAGAAAGAAGGAGACCCAACUGUGAUUACUGUCAACUGCCCUGACAAAACUGGGCUGGGUUGUGAUUUGUGCCGCAUCAUACUCUUCUUUGGUGUUAGCAUCGUCAGAGGAGAUGUAUCUACGGAUGGAAAAUGGUGCUACAUAGUGUUCUGGGUUGUGGGAAAACCUACGACUAGAUGGUCUUUGUUGGAGAAGAGGUUAUUAGGGGUAUGCCCGUCUUGCUCCUCCGCGUCUGGGAUUUUCUAUUACCGCGCUGAAUUGCAGCCACCAAAGCCUCCUGAUGUCUUCCUCUUGACUUUAUGUUGUUACGAUCGAAGAGGCCUGUUGCACGAUGUCACUGAGGUUCUAUGCGAGCUUGAGCUCACGAUUAAGAAAGUGAAGGUUUCCACUACACCUGAUGGAAGAGUGAUGGAUUUAUUCUUUGUGACAGACACCAGGGAAAUUCUAGAUACGAAUAAGGGACAGGAAGAUACUCGUGAACACAUAAAAGCAGUUAUGAAAGAUGCCAUGAUAAGCUGUGAGAUAGAAAAGGUUGGUCCUGAAAUUACAGCGUGUUCACAGGAAUCUUCAUUUCUUCCCUCUGCAAUUACAGAAGAUGUCUUCUUAAGAAUGCCAGAUGAAGUCCCCAGCAGAUUGCUUACGUCUGAUAAUGUUUCAAUCACAAUGGACAACUCAUUGAGUCCAGGUCACACACUUGUCCAAAUAAUUUGUCAAGAUCACAAAGGUCUUCUUUAUGACAUAAUGAGAACUGUAAAGGAUUACAACAAUCAGAUUUCUUAUGGGCGCUUUUCUAUAAAUCAAAGAAGCAACUGUGAGAUUGACUUGUUUCUCAUGCAAGCGGAUGGAAAGAAGAUUGUUGAUCCUAAUAAGCAGAAGGCACUAUCCUCUCGUCUAGAGAUGGAACUAAUCCGUCCUCUCAGGGUGACUGUAGUGAGCCGUGGUCCUGAUGUGGAGUUGCUAGUUGCAAACCCAGUGGAGUUGUCUGGCAAGGGCCGGCCUCUUGUUUUCCAUGACAUCACUCUUGCUCUUAAGAUGCUUAACAUCUGCAUUUUCUCGGCUGAGAUUGGGAGAUACAUUAUUGGAGACCGGGAAAUGGAAGUUUACAGGAUCCUAAUUGAUGAAGGGGAAGGCUUACCCGUUCCCAGAAGCAAAAUUGAGGAAGGAGUUUGGAAAAUGCUAAUGGGUUGGGAGUGGUAAAUCUUUGCUGAUUUUGGACUUGUCUUCGUAAUGGGCUCCUCUACGCUACAGUGCAGCUCUCCCGGCUUGAUCUUUAUUAGAUGUAAAUUUGGGGUCAUAUGUACUUGGAAACGCUGAGUUGUUCUACGUCAAGUUUAUACGGACUCCAACACUGACAAUGCAUAAAGUAGUUGUGAAGUUGAUAGUAGAAGGUAUGCACAGCCUUGUGGAAAAUCUUUUGGCAUAUCACACUGCUUUCCCAGCAAGAAGGUACGUCUGAAGUGUUUAUGUAAAUGGAGGCUUUUGGUGAACUGGUUAUUAGUUUAUAUUUCAACCAACGCCACCCUCAUAACCUACUCUUACUGUUCUCUGUACAUAAACUACUUUAUGUAGAUUCUGUCGUAGAGAAGGCCGAGGGCUUUGUGAUAUAACAAUAUUAGUCAAUCGCAGACGCUGUACAGAAACAUCUCUUUGAAAAGCUGUCAACUUAGCAGAACCAGCAUGUUAUUGAUAUUUUCUAUAUUGUUCCUCUGCUGGAUUUAAGGCAUGUAUCAUGUAUGUAUAUAUCCGCCAGCUCUAGUGUGCCACAUUCCCCUUGAAACCGAGUUUUAAGCGAUAAUACUUCAUCAUUACUACAAGAUUGCAAUGUAUAUUUUACGUAUAUUUGAGUUGAUUUGAGAGAUGGAACUACCUAUGUGUUUGUGCUGAA